GUGAGACUAAAUUGAUAAUCCUAGGCAAUUUAAAUCCAAGAACAAGUGGUGGGAGUGUUGACAAUUCCAAUGGCAUCCAUCAACAUGAACAUUCUCCCCUUCACAACACUUCCUCGUUCCCUCCCACCACCGCCACCACCACCACCCAUUCUCCACGUCACUCCUCCUCAGUAUCCCCGGAGCAAAACACCACCACCACCGCCACCCAUCUCACUCAACCCAAAACCCCACCAAGUGUUCGACAAAAGUCCCGAAUGGGACACAUUGGCAUGGAACACUCUCAUCCACACCCACCUCUCCAACAACCACUUCCCCCUCGCCAUCUCCACCUUCACCCAAAUGCUCCGCCACGCCGUCCCCCUCCACCCCCUCACCCUCCCCAGCCUCCUCCACGCCUCUCGCCUCGCCGCAGACUUCUCCCUCGGGAAACAGCUCCACACACACGCCGUCAAGCUCGCCCUCUCCUCUCGUGCCCACACCCUCAUCGCCCUCAUUCACCUCUACGCCUCCCUCGACGACAUCGCCGUCGCUCAGACACUCUUUGAUAAAACAGCGCCGUUUGGUUCAGACUGCUGGACCUUCCUUGCCAAGUUGUACGUCCUUGAAGGGAUGCCCCGUUCGGCGCUGGAAUUGUUUCACCGGAUGGUUGGCCAGGGCGCGGUUGCGGGGGCUGCCGCGCUGUCGACGGCUUGCGGUGCGUGUGGGAUGAUGGGGUCUCUGCGGCAGGGGAGAGAUGUGCAUUUAAUUGCUGUGAAGUUAGGAUUGGAGGGUGAGGUGUUUGCGAGUAACUCGCUGUUGAAAAUGUAUGUUGAUUGUGGUAGCAUGAGGGAUGCUCGGUUGGUGUUUGAGAAAAUGCCUUGUAAGGAUGUUGUUUCGUGGACUUCGAUGAUUCGCGGUUGCGUGCAGAAUGGGGAAUUGAGUGAGGCUAUGGAGUUGUUUAGGAGGAUGAACUUGGAGGGGUUGAGUGUGAAACCGGAUUUGGUGAUGGUUUCUACUGUUCUUCCCGUUUGUGGGAUGAUCGGUUCGCUUAAGCAUGGUAGGGAGAUUCAUGGCUACUUGGUUAGAAAUGGGGUGGAGUGUGAUGUGUUGUUGAGUAACACGCUUUUGAAAAUGUAUGCUGACUGUGGUGCCUCGAGGGAUGCUCGGUUGGUGUUUGAGCAGAUGCCUAGUAAGACAGUUGUCUCGUGGACGUCGAUGAUUCGCGGUUAUGUGAAGAAAGGAGGAUUUAAUAAUGAGGUUUUCAGGUUGUUCAGGAAGAUGAACUCAGAGGGGUUGAAGCCAACUGCGGUUUCGAUCUCCAGUAUUCUUCCUGCGUGUGGGAGAAUUGCUUCGCAUAAACACGGCAGGGAGAUUCAUGGCUACUUGCUUAGAAAUGGGGUUGAGUUUGACAUCAAUGUCAGUAAUGCGGUUAUAGACAUGUAUGUAAAAUCAGGGGCCAUUGCUUGUGCUUUAAAUGUUUUUGGUGAAAUGAAUGAGAAAGAUACUAUUUCAUGGAGCAUGAUGAUAUUCGGAUGUAGUUUACAUGGUCAAGGAAAGCUUGGAGUUGAUUUGUUUAGACAGUUGGAGAGAAACUCAGAAGCACCCCUUGAUGAUAACAUAUAUGCUGCUGCACUUCAUGCUUGCAGCACUGCUCGCAUGUUUGAGGAAGGAAGAGUUUGCUUUAACCACAUUAGGGGGCCCAUGAUUGCACAUUGUGCUCAGAAGGUGUCUCUGUUGGCACGGUGUGGACUCUUUGAUGAAGCAAUGGUCUUUAUCAGGGAACAGAAGAUUGAACAGCAUCCUGAGGUGUUGAGGAAACUGCUGGAAGGGUGUAGGAUCCACGGUGAAUAUGCUCUAGGCAAGCAAGUCAUUGAACAGCUUUGUGAAUUGGAGCCUUUAAAUGCUGAGAACUAUGUGCUUCUUUUGAAUUGGCAUGCAGGCAAAGGAAAAUUGGACAUGGUGGACAAGAUUAGGGAAACAAUUAGAGAAAAGGGUUUGAAACCUAAAAAGGCUUACACUUGGACGUUAUACAGGGAAAAAGUUCAUGUAUUUGGAACUGGAGAUGUAUCUCAUCCGCGGAAAAAGGAAAUAUGUUCAGCAUUACAGGGUUUCAUGGAGGAAAUGAGAACCGAAGGAGUUGAACCAAAGUGGGAUUUCAGUCUCCAUGAUGUUGAUGAAGAGAGGGAGUGCACUCAGAUUGAGCACAGUGAACUCUUGGCCCUUGCUUUUGGGCUCAUCAGUUCACAGGCUGGACCUAUCCGCCUUGAGAAAAAUUCCCGGGUGUGUCGUGGAUGUCAUGAUUUUGCAAAGUUUGUCUCCAAGGUAACAGGAAGAGAAAUUAUCCUCAAGGACCCAAAUUUCUUUCACCAUUUUAAGCACGGACAUUGUACAUGUGAGGACUUUUGGUGAUUCAGAACCUUGUUUCUCUUGUCACCAAAAAAUGAACCUUGCUUCUCCUCUCCAAGUUGUAUUGCAUCAAGUGCAGAUUCAAAUGUCUUCUAGAGAUUCUGAAUCUUUUUUUUAUAAUGGAAAGGUUCUGAAUCUUUUGCUGUCUGAAGAGAUUCCAAAUGAAGAUAUUAUUUUUGUCAUGUUGGAAUGAGCUUAGAAGGGGGUGGAACUGCAUGGAGAUAAUUGAAGGGGGAAUUCGCUGCAGCGGCAAGGAUGUGAUAUUUCGCUUAUGAUGUCAGUGGCAAAGGAUUGGGCAAUGAGUUCUGAGAUUCAUCUUAAACCAGUGAAUAUCUAUGCUGAUUUGAUUUAUGGACUCAUUCUGGUUUGAUACCAAAUGCAGAAUAAUUGGGAAAGAAUCUUGGCCAAAUAUGGUGCUGGACUUUUACUCACCAGCAAAUGGCAAAGAAAGGCUGCAUUAAUGAAUCAAUUUCCGAAUUUCCAGCUUGCUUCAGUUCAGCCACAACAUGUAUCAGAUGUGGGUUCUGAUGAAUUUCACAAUGGAAGUAUAUCUACAACAGUUUAACUGUUCGGCUGAGAUUUUGUGGCAGCCUUUUAGUUUCUGUGCCGGCUGGCUUUGAUAUCUUACAAACAUGUGAGAACAGAAAAUUAAGAUUACUAUAUGGCUCCAAAGUGUAGAGUCAUAGAGAGACUUGACAUCCAGUGUAGAGAGACUUGACAGUAUCCAUAAGAGCCUUCAAAAUUGAAACCUCUCAUUCUUGAAUUUCAGGAUCUAGCACUCAAGCAGGUUAAUAACAGCAACAAAGCAGAUGGUAUAGAAGUAUUUUUUUUUUUUUUCAUUUGCUCAAACCCUUCAUUGUUACGAACUUCAGCCUUGAUCAGAUUGCAGUAAGCUGUCUAAGUGUCUAUUCUAGGCAGGAAUGAUGAAUAUUCAAGAAAAUCUAGUUUGGAAAUAGUUCAGACCAAAAA